AGGAAGGGUUCCUGGAUGGAUGCCAUUGAAAAGUACGAGGAGGCUGCAAGCUUGGUUCACUACUGCUAUAGCACUGAUCCUGGAUGGAGGAAGAACCAACGUGGAAUUGACGAUGAUGUUUUGGUGUUGGUGGAUGACGUGGGCUCCACGGAGGAGGAGGCCAAGUGGCAGCGGAAGCAUCGAGCAUUGUGUGCUUUAAACCUUGCUGCUUGCAAGCAGAAGUUGGACAAGUUUGAUGAGGCCAUUGCCGCUUGCGACACAGCCCUUGAGCUGGAUCCAGAUAAUGUCAAAGCACUUUAUCGUAGAGCAGAAUCGAGAAUAAGGCCUGUCAAAGCUACGGCCUAUGAACACGACUUGGCCAUCAAGGACUUGGCCAAAGCCAACCGUUUGGACCCUUCGAACCAGACUGUGGAGCGACUUUUGGUGAGGCUACGUGGAGAGCGACGCGUGCAGAGAGAGAAGGAUGCGAAGACCUUCACGGGGAUGUUUGACCGAGGUCAGAUUUAUGACAAGGUGGCUCAUGAGGCUAGAGUCGCUGCGGCUACAGCCAAAGGCGGCUCCCUACUUUCCAGUGGAGCAACCUACCAAGACCUGGAGAAGCGAAUAGAAGAGAUCUCAGAAGAGGAUCCGCUUGAAAAGCGGAUACAAGAUGCUGAGCUGUUGCGCGACCUCUACGUCCGGAAUGGAAAGGAGGAUGAGGCACGAAAGCUCAAUGAACAAAUUAAAGAAGCCAAGAAGGCAGUGAAAGCCGUUGAGCAGCCGAAGAUUGAUUGGGCCAAUCCGCCGGCCGAGCUGGUCGAGGACGCGAAAAGGCAUGGCCUGGAUUUGAUGGACCCGGUUGUAGUCCAAGAGCUCAAGCGAUUGGAGCUGGAGGGCUUUGACAAGCUCGAGGAAGUGGCCGAAGGAGCCACCGAUCCUGAGGAAGAGGAGGUAGGAGAAGGGAAGGGAAUUGAAGGGAAUGGACUUUGUGUGACAUUGUGAAUUCUUCACAAGAACUGUGAGAAGAAAGGAACGAAGGUAGAGAAGAACAAAGAAAAGAACAAUCAAUGGUCUGAUUUGCUGGUCCAAAAUAUGUGUUGUUCUGAAAAGAAAAAAUAUAAGGAGACAACAACCAAGAACAGUACUGAGUAGGACUGAGUUGACCGUACUUUACCAACAAUAAUGUUAGUUGAAAGGUGUCGCAAGCAUUCACUUCGUUCAACCGCAUUUAGUUCUGUCGUAUUCGUUCUACUGAAAAGAGAGGAGAUAGGAGAAGACAAGUUUGUGCAUCUUGCAUGUGUGGAGUAUCAUGGAAUAUGG